AUGGACGGCAAUGCCCAAUUUUAUGAUUUGGAUCGACAACUGGACGAUCUCACGAAGAGCUGCAUAAACAUUCCUCCUGCCAUUGAUCUUCAAAAUACCUUCGCCCAAAUCUCAGGCACUUCUCGCCCAGUCUCCGAAUCUACAUCCGCCUUCCAAUGGGACUGGCGAGACCUCCCCUCUGGUGCCUCUCUGCGCGAGAAAGCGUGCGAGAGAGCAUGGAAGCGUUGCUUAAACAGAAUAAAUAAAACCGUGAAAUCAAUCCAUGCUCCGCUCGCUAGCGAUAUCGCCGUAUGCGUGCACGCCGCACACAGCGGCGCAAACGUCCUUCCUGGGCUGCCAUAUCCGGAGCUGCCUGUUAUCACGCUUUCAGGUGGUACACCAUCCCUGUACAACUCAAUUCUCCAUCGCAUCACCUCUUUUGCGCCCAGCGAGUCUCCUGCCCUUCGUUCGCACCUACAUCCGGCCGAAUGCACGUCCCUUCUUGCGGCAAUGCGCGCUCUCGUGGGCGGGUUCGUGCCUUCAAGCGGUCCUCGAAUGAGACGACCUGCAGCAGCACUCGCAGGGUAUGAUAUCAGUCUGUUAGAGGUGUGGUACGCUUCGCUUGACGAAAAACAGCCUUUGGUAAUCUUUCUGCACGACUUCGAGCAAUUCACUCCAGCGGUCGUUCAGGAUGUCUUUGAGAUCUGCAGCCUCCAUGUCCCGAAACUCCCGCUCGUCUUCAUCCUGCUGCUUUCUGGGCUCUCUUCGACCGCCGCACUGCAGAACUAUCCCCGCGUGACGCGCGCUCUUCUCCAUGUCCAUCAUUUCACCGCACCAUCUGGGCCUGCUGUCGUCGCCAAGGUCCUCUCCAAAACAUUCUUUGACCCAGCUUUUGAACCAGAUGUUAUGCUUGGCCCCUCGGUGCUGAAGUAUCUGCUGCAAUUCCUCCAGCGAUACGGUGGUGGGGUUGACUUCCUGUUGACCGUGCUCCAGCUCGCCCACAUGAAGCACUUUACAGAGCCCCUCGCUCUCCUCACGCAUCAACCUGCAAUGAGGGACGAAGCACUCCAGUCCCCCGCGUCUCGUCCGUUUCUGUUCGCGCUCUAUACACGGCUGCGCGCCCAUAGUCUUGUCCCAAACACAGAUCCGAAUGUGCCGUUUGGUUCGCCAAAUUCCCAAAAUAUCAGCGCCAAUGCCUCCGCGCUUCUCGCUGCCGUCUCCGCCGCUCACGUCACUUUUCGCCGUGCCGCCCGCAGGCUCCGCCAUGCGUUCGCGGCGAUGAUGGCCGUGCAGCGCGCGCUAGCAGCUGACGGCGGCGGUGCAGGGGUGCCUGGCGUAGUGAAUGGCUUCAAGGGAAAGGAGCCAGAACGACCAGUUCACGAAAUAGGUGCGCGAAACGGGAUGGGCGCCAAGGACGGGUUGGAAACGCUCGACCUGAUGUGUGCUGUGCUGAGAGGUCGCGCCGGGAGGGAAGUGAGGUAUCUCACGGCUGCUAUCGGGAAACUCUCCUCGCGAAAGCUCCGUAUCGUAUUGCAGGCCCUUCUCGCACUCUUCACAGGAGUCGAAGACGAGAAGCAUGAGCUCGAGGCGCAAGCCGUGUGCACACGGUUGGAGGCCGCGCUCACACAGCUGCCUGACGAUGUAGCAGAUGUCCCUUCCAGAACUGCACAGCUCUCCGUGGGCGUGAGUGAGUGGUUGGUGGAGUACCUGGAGGCGCGCCUCGUGAGGCUAGAAGAGUAUCCACUAUGGGAUGUAUGGUACAUGGGUUCAACACCUUUCCCCGCAGAGCUCAUCAACCCCGCGCCGCGUGCCACAAUCAUCUCGGCCCUCCUCCACCCAUAUGCCUUUGCCGACGCACACGCAGAGCUCUUCCGCACGCCGAACUCACUUCAGGGCGACGUGCUUGAGGAAACGAUCACUAUCGAUGGGGAAGGCGCCACCCGUGCGCUGUGGGAGCUCCCGGACACGAGCAUCCUCUUCCACAGGUGCGCAGAGGCAGGACGUAUGGUGAACGUAUACGACUGGUUCCAGGCCUUCGCUGUCGUCCUGGAGGAGCAGCGCAGGCAACUGUGGCGCAUGCACCGUCGGGCGGAGGAUCGGCCCAGGAAUGAGAAGGGAAAAGGUAAGGAGCGGGCGGCGGAGAUGGAGAUGGAUGGGGGUGGGGAAGAGGACGAUGAAGGAGAGGACGAUGAAGGAGAGGACGACGACCAGGGUGAGGACGAGGAGAAGUGGAGGGUGGAGGUGCAGGCCCGCUUCAUCCGCGCGCUGCACGAGCUGGACUACAUGGGGUUCGUAAAGCCGACGGGUAGGAAGGCGGACCAUAUUGUGCGGACGACUUUCGACGUACCCGACUAG